GGACUCAUGCCUGUCCUCCCCGCCCAGGGGCUCCCGCCCACUCUGGCGGCUCCUUGGUGGUGCGUGGGUGUCGCUGGCAUGUAGACAGGCAGCCUGCUGCUGCUGCCCCGCCCAGCCGGACCCAUGACCCCGGUUUCCUUAGGCUUGUGGGGUGGUGGGUGGAGGGUGCUGCUGCCCAGCCUGCUGCCAUGGGGUGGGCUGAGCAGCCUUGGCUUCUUACCCCAAGGGGAGGACGUGUAGGAGCAGCAGGGAUGCUGGGCUGGACCCGGGCUGGUCUUUCCUGAGUGCCCUGCUUUAGUUUCCCUAAGGUGAUGCCCGCUCAAGGCAGAUUCUGGUGCCUGGCUUCUGGUUGAUCCUCUGUCAGCCCUGAGGCUGCCUUUGUGGGGGCUGGCAGAGGGUUCCUGGCUGGUUCUGGGACCAGGCCUGGGGCACCAGAGCUGGCUCAGGCAGAUCCCCUGCCCCUUGCCUCGGGUCUCCAUGGGAAAGGGAGCCAGGAGUCCCAGCAUCCAGCUCCAUCGAGGGGGCGGGACCCAACACAGCUGGCCCCUCCCUGGACCAGGGCCACAAAUACCCGUGCCCUGGUGCCAGAGCUGCUUCCCGACCAAGUCCGGGCAGUUGGUCCUGCGCGGGGACGUGCCCCCAGCCUGGACCCAGCAUACCCACUGGACCAGGCUCUCUGAGUCUCUGCUACCGCCUCAGCCACAUCCCAGCGCGCGCCAUGGGCGGGACCCGGGUCCUGCUGGCCGCGCUUUGGGCGCUGGGGGCUGCAGGGGCCACUGCGCUGCGCAUCGGAGCCUUCAACAUCCAGAGCUUCAGCGACAACAAAGUGUCGGACUCAGCCUGCGGCAGCGUCAUCGCACAAGUGAGGCCAGGGAGCGGGGGCGGAGCUUCGGGGCGGGGCCGCAGCUGUCUCGGGGCGACUGGCUGCUCAUCACCCCGCACCUGCCGGCUCCUCCCCAGAUCCUUGCUGGCUAUGACAUCACGCUGGUGCAGGAGGUGCGAGACCCAGACCUGAGCGCCGUAUCCAUGCUCAUGGAGCAGAUCAACAGCGUGUCGGAGCAUGAGUACAGCUUUGUGAGCAGCGAGCCCCUGGGUCGGGACCAGUACAAGGAAAUGUACUUGUUCGUCUACAGGAAAGACAAAGUGUCGGUCGUGGACACAUACCAGUACCCGGACCCCGAGGACGCUUUCAGUCGCGAACCUUUCGUGGUCAAGUUCUCAGCCCCGGGCUCAGCCAUCAGGGAGCUGGUGCUGAUCCCGCUGCACUCGGCGCCGCGCCACGCCGUGGCGGAGAUCGACGCUCUCUACGACGUGUACCUGGACGUGAUCGACAAGUGGGGCACCGACGACAUGCUGUUCCUGGGUGACUUCAAUGCCGACUGCAAGUACGUGCGGCCGCACGACUGGGCCGCCAUCCGCCUGCGCAGCAGCGAAGUCUUCAAGUGGCUGAUCCCGGACAGCGCCGACACCACGGUGGGCAACUCGGACUGCGCCUAUGACCGCAUCGUGGUGUGCGGCGCCCAGCUGCGCAGGAGCCUGAAGCCCCAGUCCGCUGUGGUGCGCAACUUCCAGGAGGAAUUCGGCCUGGACCAGACUCAGGCAAGUGCUGGGCUGGUUCCCAGGCCUGGGGUUCCCAGGCCACCCUGGUGCACGUAGGCCAGCAAACCUGCUGCCCAGGGCCGGGCCCCACCUCAGCUCCUCCCUGCACUGGGGCCUCCAUCCCGCCACCAGCAGAAUAAUUCCGGGAAGGCAGGGCAGUGUCUCUUUGCCUUCCCCAACAGGGAGCCGUCUUGGGCCCAUCUGCACCCCGCAGCCGCAGGGGUGGACACUUACUGGCUACCUCCCCACAAGGGCAGUGGUUUGUAGACGUCCAUCUGGCCUGACCCUGGGGGGUGGAGGCAGCUUUCCAAGGUGGAGCCAGAGGGAGGACAGGCUGCCCAGCAAGACCCCUGAAGCUGUCCCUUCUCCCUCCAGGCUCUGGCCAUCAGCGACCACUUUCCUGUGGAGGUGACCCUCAAGUCCCACUGACAGCCGAGGCCAGCCAGGGCUGCCAGCCACACUCUGGAAUGGCCCCACAGUGACUCCUUCGGGUGGCAGCUACCCACAGUGAGGCCACAGGGCAAGGUCUGCUGGCCAUGGACAAGUGGCCAUGGACACAUUAUGGGACCACUGAGAGCCUCAGUUUCCACAUCUGUGAGGCAGACCACACCACCCACCUCAGGGUGGUUGUGAAGAGUCCCCAUGAAGGGCACUGACUGCAGUGCUGGGCACACACGUGUGCUCAAUAAACGAGCUGCUCUGAGCCAGGACCACAUGCA